UAGCUGUGACGAUGUUGGGAGCAUUGAAUCACAAGAAUCUGUUGAGAUGAUUGAGAUGAGUCCAGGGAAGCUAUCUCCAGUCCUUGCAAUUUUGGCUGUGGUUUUGUUUCGUCAGAGUGUUCAUUCUCAGCUUCAAAUAGGAUUUUACAAAUAUAAAUGCAGCUUAGUCGAAUUCAUUGUCAAAGAAGAGGUGACAAAAGCGUUGAUUAGAGAUAGAGGACUAGCUGCGGGCCUCUUGAGAAUGCAUUUUCAUGAUUGCUUUGUUAGGGGUUGUGAUGCGUCCAUACUCCUUGAUUCCACUCCCUCCAGCACAGCAGAGAAAGACUCCUUUGCCAAUAAUCCGAGUUUACGAGGGUAUGAAGUCAUAGACAAUGCAAAGGCUAGACUGGAAGCUGUUUGUAAAGGAGUAGUUUCCUGCGCUGAUAUAGUUGCAUUUGCAGCAAGGGACAGCAUAGAGAUAACUGGAGGACCUGUCUAUAAUGUCCCUGCAGGAAGAAGAGAUGGUAGAACUUCACUAGCCUCUGAGAUAACAGGAAACCUACCUCCCCCAACAUUUAUUGUCAACCAACUGACUCAGUUGUUUGCAAAUAAGGGCUUCACACAAGAGGAAAUGGUUACACUCUCGGGAGGGCACACCAUAGGGCGAUCUCACUGCACAUCAUUUAGUAACAGAUUAUACAAUUUCAGUGGGACAUUGAUGCAGGAUCCAAGUUUAGAUCCCAGAUAUACAGCUAUGUUGAAGCAGAAAUGCCCUCAGGGUGGCACGAAUCCUAACGUGGUGGUGCCGAUGACUUCUACUCCAAACAUCACCGAUGCAGGAUACUACGUUGAUAUUCUAGCAAACAGGGGCCUGUUUACGUCAGACCACACUCUGCUGACAAGCCCGGCUACAGCAUAUCAAGUGGCUCAGAAUGCAAGGAAUCCAAUGCAGUGGAGGGCCAAAUUUGCAGCAGCAAUGGUGAAGAUGGGUCAGCUUGAGGUCUUGACAGGAACCGCAGGAGAGAUUCGAGCCAACUGUAGGGUGACCAACAGCUAGAGAUGGGAUUGGGAAUCAAAAGUGUGAUGGAGUAAUUACAGUAAACUCCUUUGAAGCUCGAUGUGACAUAGUUUUCUUUGUUAGGUUGUCUGUAUUUGCAAUAGAAAAUAGAAAUGGGUUUGAUUGUGAAACUUUAUUGGAGCUCGAAACCACCAAUAAUGGCAAUUAGUCGAAAGAAUGUCCAAUGGUAAAAUAGAUUAUUGAUAGAAAAUGACAGCCGUAUUAUCAUUUACAGCUAAUACAAGGAAUCUGGCCCCGCUA